AUGGUAGAAAAUCCUAUAGAAGUUAAUGAAGAACUUAUUGAAGAGUGGCCUAUUAAAGUUGCUAAAUUUGGCCAAAAGUUAACAGCGUCUGAAAUUCAUUAUUAUAUAGAAUUUCAAGAAUAUCCUAACACGUCAGAAACUGGUUUUGCAAGUGUGUACAAUGUGUCAGGAUGGGAUGAAGAAGAGGCACGAAAGGCGUUUUCAAUGACUAAUAUCCAAUACUCCUAUGGAGGUAGUGGUACAACCCGAACAGUAAAGAAUUGUGAUUUUUUUCCUGGAAUAAAAGUAUCUAAAGAAGAGAGAAAAUGUCUUAGUGUGAAAAUGUGUGAAUUUGCAUCUAAAAAAUUAGAAGUAGAUCACACAUCUGUGGAUUUUACUUCGUCUCUCUUUAAAAAUUUAUUUGACGCCAAUGAAAAAUUUCAGGAAAGAGCAACCCUUUGUAUAUUUGCCAAAGCGCACGAGUAUAAAUGUGGGUAUGUUGAUCAAAAAGGAAUACGGUGUAAUGGUACACCAACAUUAGGCGAAUUUACACAAGUGAUAGGCUCAACGUCAUCAAAAAAGAAGUUUAUUGGUUGCACUAAAUGGCAAUCUGGGGAAAAAAAUCACCGUUAUCUAACAAUUCCAAGCAAUAUUGAUUUAGAAUUAUUAGAAGAUAUGUUUAAUGGGCAUUCUUACCAUCCCAAUGGAAUUGAUUUUGAGAAGGAUGAAUUGGAUGUAGUAGAUGAAUGUUAUAUAGUACGGCCUAAUAGUACACGAUCAGAUGAAUGUCCAUUUUUACAUAAAGCUGGAAAUCGUAUUAUCAAAGGAAUUAUAAAUAAGAAGACUGACAGUUGUCCAGUUAAAUUUUACCAUAUAAUUCCAGAAAAUUUAAAAGAUUGUCCAUUCAUUGUAACUGUAUCGGUAGGUAAACAUAAUCAUCCACCUCCUCCACCUCGCAAAACACCAUACAAUGUGAAGAAUCAGCUUCAAAAAAUAAUUGAUAAUGAGCAUAUACUUGAUUUAACGGCAAGAAAGUUUUUAACAGGAUCUAUGAUUCAAAGUUAUUUGAAUGGAAGGGCAAUAAGUGAUUUGCACCCAUCGUUAAAUAAUCAAUCUAAGAUCAAUUAUUAUAUUGAGAAAACCAGACGCUCACAAUACCCAUUCGGCCAAAACAUUUUGGGAGUUGUACAUGAGUUUAUGAAACAUGAAAAAAGCAAUGAUCCAUAUAUAAGAUCAAUUCGUUUUCUUGAUAGUGGACAAUACAUUGUUUUAUGUGCUACCAAACAACAACUCAAAGCACUUUCUGAACUAACAUAUUUUGAAAUUGAUAUGGCAUUUAAAAGAAUUCAUGGUAUUACAAAUGAAUGGGAAGUAGCAGCAUAUCUACCUCACGUGCAAAAAACUUUAACAUUUGUGCGAAUAUUUACAAAUGUUGAAACAGCUAAUGCAUAUCAAAAUUUAUUUGAAGACCUAUUUAAUUGUAUUGAAAGGGAUACAGGAGAAACUUUUAGCUUUUAUCAUAUUCAUGGCAAAGGAUUGGGAUGUAUAAUUGCAGAUCAACACAAAGGACAAGCGUUAGGUUUAGGUCAAUAUUUAAGUUCAAAGUAUCCACAUCUAGCUCCAGUUGAACAUCUGCAAUAUAUUUAUAAACUCUGUCAGGUCCAUUAUAAACGAAACAUUGACAAAAACAGACAAUUAUCAAGAGAAAUUCGCAAUGCUAUGUAUUUAAUUCCCUCUUUAAAUACACAAGAAGAAGUCUUAGAAGUAUUAAAUAAAAUUGAGUCUUGUGAAGAACCAGGAACUGCAGCUUGGGUAAAUGAUAAGCGUACUCCAUGGGUUUUGUCAGGAGUUUCAUAUGCAUUUACUAAAAUGGAUAGUAAUAUUUGGCAUCAAACUCCAAAUAAUACAAACGUUGGAGAAAGUGCACAUGCAAAUGUAAAUCAUGAUGGUCGUAACCUUUCUCUCCUUGCUGGUAUUGCUAGAGGACGUGAUUUUGAUAAUAGACAGUGGGAAAGUAUAGAUAUUUAUAAAAAAUAUAAUGUUCCAGAUUCAUAUCGAAAUAAAUCUGAAUUAACUCGAUUAAUUCAAGCUGAACAAAGAGUAGAGAAAAGGCGUAAGGGUAAACAACCUUUAUUAUCUUCAAAUACAAGAAAGAAACAAAAAAGUAAUUUCAGGAAUAAAGAAAAUGUAAUUGAAAUUAUUGAUUCAGAUGAAAAUUUACGUCUUGAAGAACAAAGGAAAAUGAAAGAUCUGGAGCAAGACAUGCUAAUUAUUCAAAAACAGAAAAAUGAUGAACUUGAAAGAGAAAUCAUACUACUUGAGAAACGAAAAAAGAUUUUAGGUUUAUAA